AUGUCUUCGCUUUCUCUUAGAGGGCUUGGUGGAACCGGGGGUGCGGACGACCAAGGCAGGGUGAAGAAGGAGGUGCUGCCCGUGCCGCACGGGCGGGUGGAUGUUGACCGGCUCCGGGACAGGCUGGUCAGUGCCGCCCCUGGCCAGUCCCGUAGCCACCCGCACGCCCUCCUCUUCACCCACUGCACCAAAGCCCAGGAGCGACGGAGGGAGAGGGAGCGCCCUCUAGAGGUGGAGAUCCUGCCAGCUCUAAAGAGAUAUCAGGACCAGAGGCGGCCAGAGUACAUCCACAGGAAGAACCGAGAGAAGCUGAUCAGCAUGGGCUGGACGCCACCCUCCCCCUCCUUGCCUGUGGAGAAGCCGCCGUCCGCAGUGCAGCUGCCUGAACUGCCGGACCGUGUCAAGGAAAAGCAGGUGCAGCUCACACAGAGCCAGCUAUUUUCCCCUUCGCCUCCAAAAAAACCCCGUUCCUCGGUCGGGGGUGUGCCGACACCAGUUCCGUCCCCGAGCCCCGCCCCGUCUCGGCUCCCGUCCCCUCUUCUGCUUUUCGCAACCGUGGAGGACGCCGUUAAAGCGAAGAUCCGUGGACCCCUCGAUAUCAUUCGCAUUGUGCAAAACAAUCCCCACCUCGGCUUCCUCUACAUGACCCCGGCCGUGCCCAAGUCCUCCAUCAAAUACGACGCGUUCAACCUCAAGGUGGUGACCUACACAAACAUCAACAAGGCAGAGUACUACACCAUCAGCCAGAGCGGGGUCACCCACGUCCACAACGGGAAGGUGGACUUCAUGACGCUGGAGCGCUGGGAGUACGAGUACCGCUGCCACUGCCAGCUCCUGACCAUCCCGCUCUUCGCCCGCUUCCGCAAGUGGAAGGCCUUCCACGUGUGGCGGACCAACGUGCGCUCCAAAAACUUCAACCUGUGCAAGGACACGCUGCAGCGGCACCUCUUCAUCGUCAACGAGUCUCUGCGGCCGGCGCUGGUCGACAUCCGCGAGAUGUGCUUCCGGAUCAGCGACAUGGGGCUCUGCCGCAUCGCGAAGGGGCACACGUACACGCUGGAGGAGUUCAAACACGCCCAGUACAAACAGCUGGAAGAGGUGUCUGCGCGCCUGGAGGAGUUCAGGGAACUGGUGAAGGAGGUGGCAAGGACCGCCUGCCGCACUGCUCUGCGGGAGGCGGGAUUCACCCCGGACUACAGCACCUGCGAGUCAGAGUCUCCAGGGGAGGGGGAUGAGAGCAGGAUCUCGCAGGAGAUGGAUCUGCUGUUUGAAGAGCCAUCAGAGAAGAUGAGCUACACUGAGCAGGCCAAGAAGAGGUUUCAGUGCAGGAGGUUGACCUGCUUCAUCCGGCUGGCUGACUUCCUGAUUGUGAACACCAUGCACAUUCUGGUGGUCAACUCUGUCACCACACUGCUGAAUAUCCUGAGGGAGAAGAUCCAGUGCACCCCCCCGCAGGAGCUCAUCCAGAGCUGGGAUGCCCCAGAGACUGGGGAUGACACGGAAAAGAAGGUAUAGAUGCAACCAACAGUUCACAUCACCACACUGCCCAUGUUCGUGACAAAGCUGAUGCUGGAGACGCAUGCCUUGUCCUUCGAGCCAUCAGUGGAGGACUUCCAGACCUGCAUUUCUGAUAUCGUCCAACGAUUCCAGCACACGGUGCUGUCUAUGGAUCCCCUAGCGCCUGACAGCUACUUCAACGCCUUCACCCAGCCCAUAAUCAAUGGCAAGGUGGAGGAGAAGCUAUGUGGAGACGGGCCAAGCGUGGAGGCCAUGCUGGAGGAAGACAAGCACCUGCAGGCUGUCAUCCAGAACAUAAAGGAAGCCCUCCAGGUCGCAUUUGAUUCUGCAAACAUGUAUGCCCAAACCUUCGAUGGGGUCCGCCUCUUCUUCAAGGAGAACGAGAGCCUGGACCUCGACGCACUAGAAGAGGAGGAUCAUGAUGUGGAUUUCUUUAAGGACAGACUGGAGAGGUACCAUGGCCAACACGAGCAGGCCAUCAACAUCAGAGCUAAGAGGAAGAUCGGCCUGCUGCUGAUUGACACCACGCAGCUAAAAGAGACGCUGAUACCGUCCCCACUACGCUGCCUUGAGGCCAUUAACAAAAUGUUACCAGUUUUGGCCAAGAAGAGGAUGGAUGACAUCAUCGCUGAAGCACAGGAUGCACAGUUCAAACUGAUGACCACGCCCGCGACAACUGCUGAGUUCGUUCUCUCCCUGACUUUCCUGGAGGAGAUUUCAGAAAGGAUUGAGAUAGUGGAGGUGCAAUCGGAGACGGUGUCCAGCCUGUUUGAGCUGAUCGAGCAGUACCACGUCCCCACGGCGGCCGAGGACAUGGCGGUCUACGCCACCCUGAAGCCGUCCAUCUCCAAGGUGCGCAGCGCCAUCGACAAGGCGGUGGGCGAGAAGGACGCCAACAUCAGCAAGUUCUGCCAGAACUUGCAGCACGACAUCGCCGAGCUCAACAAGGAGGUCAGGAGGGUCAAGGAGCAGGCGCAGAAUGCGCUGAUCCUGGACGUUAAUGCAGAGAGGCCAAAGGUGAAGCUUCUGCUGGGAGAGAUUCAGAUCUCCAUUGACGAGCUGCAAUCACAGGCCUCCCAGUUUAAGUCAUUCCAAAAGAACUUCAAGGUGGAGGUGACGAGGUACGACGAUCUGGAGGAGCUGACCGCCGAGGUGAAGCUGAAGCAGCUGCUCUGGGACUCCCUGGAGGAGUGGGACGUGCUGCAGGCCACCUGGAUGGAGAGCAAGUUUGAGGACCUGGACCCUGAGGAUCUGAGCGCUCAGGUGACAAAGUACAUCAAGUACAUCAGCCAGCUGGAGAAGGGCCUGCCGCCCAGCAGCGUGGUGCCCAAGCUGAAGGAGCAGGUGGAGACCAUGAGAGAGAAGCUCGCCGUCAUCACAGACCUGAGGAACCCGGCCCUGAAGAAGCGGCACUGGGACAUGCUGGAGCGGAUCGUGAAUGCCAACCUGCUGGAGGGGCCUCCCACACUCGCCACACUGCAGGAGCUUGACAUCUUCAGCUUCGCCGACCAGAUCCAGGAGGUGUCAGGCCAGGCUUCAGGGGAGGCCUCUCUGGAGAUCAUCUUGAAAAAGGUGGAGGAAUCCUGGAAGACCGCUGAGUUUGUGGUGCUGCCCCAUCGCGACUCUAAGGACGUGUUCAUUCUCGGGGGAACGGAUGAGAUUCAGGUGCUCCUGGACGACAGCGUGAUCAAUGUCGGGACCCUGGCAUCCUCGCGCUAUGUGGGUCCCAUCAGGGUGCGGGUGAAUGAGUGGCAGAAGCAGCUGGCUCUGUUCAGCCAGACUCUGGAUGAGUGGCUGACGUGCCAGAGGAACUGGCUGUAUCUGGAGAGUAUCUUCAGCGCCCCAGACAUCCAGAGGCAGCUGCCCACCGAGGCCAAGAUGUUCCUGCAGGUGGACAAGUCCUGGAAGGAUAUCAUGAGGAAGGUGAACCGGAUGCCAAACGCCCUGCGUGCCGCCACUAAGCCAGGUCUACUGGAAAUCUUCCAGAAUAACAAUGCCUUACUGGACCAGAUACAGAAAUGUCUAGAGGCGUAUCUGGAGUCAAAGAGAGUCAUCUUUCCCAGGUUCUACUUCUUGUCAAAUGAUGAGCUGCUGGAGAUCCUGGCGCAGACGCGGAACCCACAGGCUGUGCAGCCUCACCUACGCAAGUGCUUUGACGCCAUCGCCCGUCUGGAGUUCGCUCUCCUGCCCCGCCCUCCCUCCAAGGCCCAGGGCGUCGCCCCCAAGGCAGAAGAGAAGUCCUACACCAAUGACAUUCUGGCCAUGGUGUCUCCCGAAGGAGAGAAAGUGGGCCUGGGUAAGGGCUUGAAGGCUCGUGGGAAUGUGGAGGACUGGCUGGGGAAGGUGGAGGAGGCCAUGUUCUCGUCCCUGAGACGCCUCAGCAAGGCCGCCAUCGCCGACUACCAGAACAGACCCAGGGUGGAGUGGGUGGUGGCAGGACACCCCUCCCAGGUCGUGCUCACUAUCUCCCAGCUUAUGUGGUGCCGUGACUUGGACAACUGCUUGGAAGGUGACCAUGACCACUUCCAAGCCCUGCAGGAGUUUGAAAUAAUCAACUUUGAGAGACUAAACGCGCUGGCUUCGCUGGUGCGUGGCCAGCUUCCCAGCCUGCACCGCAACAUCAUAACCGCCCUCAUCACCGUCGACGUGCACGCCCGUGACAUCGUCACAGACCUUGUCAAGGAGGAGGUGGAUUCAAGCAGUAACUUUGAGUGGCAGAGGCAGCUGCGGUAUUACUGGGACCUGGAUUUGGACAACUGUGUGGCCAAGAUGGCGCUGUCCCAGUACAUCUACGGCUACGAGUACCUGGGCGCCUGUCCCCGCCUCGUCAUCACGCCUCUCACUGACCGCUGCUACCUGUGCCUGAUGGGGGCGCUGCAGCUGGACCUCGGAGGGGCUCCUGCAGGGCCGGCCGGAACGGGCAAGACAGAGACCACCAAGGACCUGGCAAAGGCACUGGCCAUCCAGUGUGUGGUCUUCAACUGCUCUGAUGGGCUGGACUACAAGAUGAUGGGUCGGUUCUUCAGUGGCUUGGCUCAGUCGGGCGCGUGGUGUUGCUUCGACGAGUUCAACCGCAUCGACAUCGAGGUGCUGUCUGUCAUCGCCCAACAGCUCAUCACCAUCCGCAAUGCCAAGGCGGCCAAGUUGUCCAGGUUCAUGUUCGAAGGCCGCGAGAUCAAGCUAGUCAUGACCUGCGCCGCCUUCAUCACCAUGAACCCCGGUUACGCCGGCAGGACCGAGCUGCCAGACAACCUGAAGGCCCUUUUCAGACCCAUCGCCAUGAUGGUGCCGAACUACGCCCUGAUCGCCGAGGUCAUCCUGUACUCGGAGGGCUUUGAGUCCAGCAAGACCCUGGCCCGGAAGAUGACCCAGAUGUACAAGCUGUGCAGCGAGCAGCUCUCCCAACAGGACCACUAUGACUUCGGCAUGCGGGCCGUCAAGUCCGUGCUCGUCAUGGCCGGGUCCCUAAAGAGAGAGAACCCACACCUGUCUGAAGAUGUGGUGCUGAUCCGUGCGCUGAGAGACUCCAACCUCCCCAAGUUCCUCACAGACGAUGCUGUGCUCUUUGGGGGCAUCCUGUCCGACCUGUUCCCGGGCGUGAGCAUCCCGGAGCACGACUACGGCGUGCUCCAGUCCACCAUCGAGGACUCGCUGGUGCGGCGGCGCCUGCAGCCCCUGCCCAGCAUCACCAACAAGGUGAUCCAGCUGUACGAGACCAUGAUCGUGCGGCACGGCGUCAUGCUGGUGGGCCCCACCGGCGGCGGCAAGACCACCGUCUACACCAUCCUGGCCGACGCGCUGGAGGCGCUGCACGGCGCCGGCCACCAGAGCGCCUUCUACCAGCCGGUCAAGACCUACGUGCUCAACCCCAAGUCGGUGACCAUGGGCGAGCUGUACGGGGAGGUGAACCCGCUGACGCUGGAGUGGCGGGACGGCCUCAUGGCCCUGAGCGUGCGUGCCGGCGUCAACGACGAGAGCGACGACCACAAGUGGAUCGUCAGCGACGGGCCCGUGGACGCCCUGUGGAUCGAGAACAUGAACACCGUGCUGGACGACAACAAGAUGCUCUGCCUGGCCAACAGCGAGAGGAUCAAGCUCACGCCCUCUAUCCACAUGGUGUUUGAGGUCCAGGAUUUGGCUGUAGCUUCUCCUGCCACGGUCAGUCGCUGUGGGAUGGUAUACAUUGACUCCAGUGAACUCAAGUGGAUGCCAUAUGUUCAGACCUGGAUCACAGGGCUGUCAGAUAGACUUUCUGAGGAGAUGCAGACAUACCUGCUGGAGCUGUUUGCUCAGUAUGUGGAGGCGGGGCUGCAGUUCGUCAGUAAGAACUGUGUCCAGGCCAUGGGGCAGGUGGACAUCAGCAAGGUGACCACUCUGUGCUGCCUGCUGGAGGCUCUGCUGCUGGGCCCAGGUGGACCCAACCUCGGAAUGGGGAUGAAUAAGCUUAGCAGCAUCCUGUGCCAGACGUUUGUGUUCUGCUACCUGUGGGCAGUGGGCGGGAACCUGACAGAGAGCCACUGGGAUGCUUUCGACUCCUUUGUCCGGCAGCAGUUUGAGGAUAACAGUGAGGCAAAGCUGCCCACCUCAGGAGACCUAUGGAGUGUGUACAUGGACUUCAGUCAAAAGCGCCUGGAGCCCUGGGAGAAGAUCAUCCCCGCCUUUGAGUAUGACGGGGACAUGCCCUUCUUUGAGAUGCUGGUUCCCACAGCAGACACGGUGCGCUAUGGCUACCUAAUGGAGAAACUCCUGUCUGUGCGCCACUCCGUCCUCUUCACUGGAAUUACAGGCGUCGGGAAGUCUGUGGUUGCUCGGGGGCUACUCAAUAGCAUCCAGGAUAAGGCAAGCUACGUACCCGUCUACAUCAAUUUCUCUGCCCAGACCUCCUCCGCGCGGACACAGGAGAUCAUCGAGUCGAAGCUGGAGAAGAAGAGGAAGACAGUACUGGGGGCUCCCUCAGGGAAGAAGGUGGUGAUAUUCGUGGACGACCUCAACAUGCCCAAACUGGACAGCUACGGCUCCCAGCCUCCCAUCGAGCUCCUGCGCCAGUUCCAGGACUUCGGUGGCUUCUACGACAGGGAGAAAUUCUACUGGAAGGCAAUUCAGGACAUGACGAUCGCGGCGGCCUGCGCCCCACCGGGCGGCGGUCGCAACCCGGUAACGCCCCGCUUCCUCCGCCACUUCAGCAUGCUGUGCCUGCCCACGCCCUCCGAGCACAGCCUCAAGCAGAUCUUCAAGGCUAUCCUGAGUGGGUUUCUGGCCGACUUCCCCGCGGCAGUGAAGCAGACGGCAGACAGCAUCGUGGAGGCGGCGGUGGAGAUCUACCAGCGUAUGAGCGUGGAUCUUCUGCCCACCCCGGCCAAGUCCCACUAUGUCUUCAACCUCCGAGAUCUCUCCAAGUGUGUGCAGGGGAUGCUGCAGUGCGACCCGGGCACGGUGCGGGACCAGAACCAGAUCUUCCGGCUCUUCUGCCAUGAGUGCCAGAGGGUCUUCCACGACCGACUCAUCAACAACGAGGACAAGACCUACUUCAACACCAUGGUCUCCGAGAUGGCCAGUAAAUAUUUUGGAUUCAACUUAGAGCCCAGUUACUUUGUGACCAAACCAAUCAUCUUUGGGGAUUUCAUCAAGGUGGGGGCAGACAAGGCUGACCGUAUAUAUGAGGACCUCACGGACAUAGAGAAAGUCCGCUCGGUUCUGAAGGAUUACUUGGACGAUUACAACAUGACAAACUCCAAGGAGACCAAGCUGGUUUUCUUCCAAGAUGCCAUUGAGCAUGUCUCAAGGAUCGCUCGCAUGAUUCGCCAGGAGCGGGGCAACGCCCUGCUGGUGGGCGUGGGGGGCACGGGAAAGCAGUCCCUGACCCGGCUGGCGGCGCACAUGUGCGGCUACCGCUGCUUCCAGAUCGAGCUGAGCCGCGGCUACAACUACGACAGCUUCCACGAGGACCUGCGCAAGCUCUGCAAGAUGGCCGGGGUGGAGGGGAAGGACACCGUGUUCCUCUUCACCGACACACAGAUCGUGGUGGAGGAGUUCCUGGAGGACAUCAACAACAUGCUGAACUCAGGGGAGGUGCCCAACCUGUUCGAGAAGGACGAACUGGAGCAGGUGCUGGCAGCCACCCGUCCCAAAGCCAAGGAGGCCGGCAUCUGCGAGAGCAACCGAGACGAGGUGUUCCAGUUCUUUAUCUCUCGCGUGCGGGAGAAGCUGCACAUCGUGCUGUGCAUGAGUCCAGUGGGCGAUGCCUUCAGGGCCCGCUGCCGAAUGUUCCCCUCGCUGGUCAACUGCUGCACCAUCGACUGGUUCGUCCAGUGGCCCCGGGAGGCCCUGCACUCCGUCUCCCAGACCUUCUUCCAGAAUAUCGAGCUGGGCAGCGACGAGAUGAAGGAGCGAUUCUCGGAGAUGUGUGUGGAGAUCCACGUCAGCGUGACGGAGCUGGCCGAGAGGUUCUACUCGGAGCUGCGGCGCCGCUACUACACCACGCCCACUUCCUACCUGGAGCUCAUCAACCUGUACCUCGGCAUGCUGGAGGAGAAGAGGCAACAGCUGGUUGCGGCUCGAGACCGUGUGAAGAACGGGCUGAUGAAGCUGUUAGAGACCAACGAGCUGGUGGACAAGAUGAAGGUGGAGCUGUCAGCCCUGGAGCCCGUGCUCAAACAGAAGUCCAUCGAUGUCAAUGCGUUGAUGGGGAAAUUAACUGUGGACCAGGAAAGGGCAGACAAGGUCCGCAGUGUGGUUAAAGAUGACGAGGCUAUAGCCAAGGUGAAGGCAGAGGAAACUCAGGCCAUUGCAGACGAUGCCCAGCGGGAUCUGGACGAGGCGCUGCCGGCCCUGGAAAGCGCUAACACGGCCCUGAAUGCCCUGGAUAAGGCCGACAUCUCUGAGAUUCGUGUGUUCACCAAACCGCCUGACCUGGUCAUGACCGUCAUGGAGGCCGUGUGCAUCCUGCUCAACAGCAAGCCUGACUGGUCCAGUGCCAAGCAGGUGCUGAGCGACUCCAACUUCCUGAAGCGCCUGAUGGACUACGACAAGGACAACAUCCGGCCGCACGUGCUGCAGAAGCUGCAGCGCUACAUCAACAACCCGGACUUUGUGCCGGAGAAGGUGGAGAAGGUGUCCAAGGCCUGCCGCUCCAUGUGCAUGUGGGUGCGCGCCAUGGACCUCUACUCCAGGGUCCUCAAGGAGGUCGGGCCUAAGAGGGAGAAGCUGGCCGCUGCACAGGCUGAACUGGACGUGACGAUGUCCACCCUGAGAGAGAAACAGAAGAAGCUCAAAGAGGUGGAGGACCAGAUCAAAGUUCUGCAGGACCAGUUCGACAGCAGCGUGGCCGAGAAGGAAGCUUUGGCAAAGACCAUGGCCCUGACGGAGGCUCGUCUGGGCAGGGCGGGGAAGCUGACGGCAUCGCUGGGGGACGAGCAGGUGCGCUGGCAGGAGAGCAUCGCCUACUUUGAACUGGAGAUCAACAACGUCAUCGGGAACGUGUUCAUCGCCGCCGCCUGCGUGGCCUACUAUGGAGCGUUCACCUCUCACUAUCGCCAGCUGCUGAUAGACCAGUGGACGUCUCGGUGCCAGGACCUGGGCAUCCCCAUCAGCGACGGCUUCAGCCUCGUCAACAUCCUGGGCGACCCCUACGAGAUCCGCCAGUGGAACGCCGAGGGGUUGCCCCGGGACACCGUAUCCACGGAGAACGGCAUCCUGGUGACGCGCGGCCGACGCUGGCCGCUCAUGAUCGACCCUCAGGAUCAGGCUAACCGCUGGAUCCGCUCCAAGGAGACCAAGAAUGGGCUGAUGGUGAUCAAGCUGACAGACUCGGGCUUUCUGCGUACCCUGGAAAAUGCCAUCCGCCUCGGCCUUCCUGUCCUGCUGGAGGAGUUGAAGGAGACUCUGGACCCAGCACUGGAGCCCAUUCUGCUGAAGCAGACCUUCGUGACAGGCGGGCGCACGCUCAUCCGCCUGGGAGACUCCGACAUCGACUACGACAAAAACUUCCGCUUCUACAUGACGACCAAAAUGGCCAACCCCCACUACCUUCCAGAGGUCUGCAUCAAGGUGACCAUCAUAAACUUCACUGUGACUAAGUCAGGACUGGAGGACCAGCUCUUGAGUGACGUUGUCCGUCUGGAGCGGCCAGACUUGGAAGAGCAGCGCAAUCAGCUGAUCGUGCGAAUCAACGCUGACCGCAACCAGCUGAAGGCCAUCGAGGACCGCAUCCUUAAGCUUCUGUUCACCUCUGAGGGGAACAUUCUGGACAAUGAGGAGCUGGUCCAGACCCUGCAGGAAUCCAAGGUGACUUCAGAGGCCAUCAAGUCACGCCUGCAGGAGGCAGAGUCCACAGAGCUGAUGAUCGAUGCGGCGCGGGAGAAGUACAGAAUAGUGGCCGCGCGCGGCUCUGUCAUGUACUUUGUCAUUGCUAGUCUGUCCGAGAUCGACCCCAUGUACCAGUUCUCCCUCAAGUACUUCAAACAGCUGUUCAACACCACCAUCGAGACGUCGGAGAAGAACAGCGACCUGACGGUGCGGCUGCAGACGCUGCUGGACCAGACGCUGCUGACCUCCUACACCAACGUGUCGCGGGGCCUGUUCGAGCAGCACAAGGCCAUCUACAGCUUCAUGCUGUGCGUGGAGGUCAUGCGGCAGAGAGCGGAGGUGUCCGACGCGGAGUGGCAGCACCUGCUCCGGGGCGCCGUCGGCCUCGAUAAGGAGCACAAGGCGAAGCCCGAUGUCCCCUGGCUGGCAGACGAUACAUGGGAGACCUGCUGUGACCUGGAGGACAGGUUGCCCUGCUUCAAGGGCAUCACAAACGACAUUGUGGGCACAAACAUCUCCAUCACUUUGGGGCGCCUGAAGGUCAGCAUAAAUCCGGAGUCGUGGGAGGGCUACGUGACGGAUCUACCACCACUGUCAGAGGAUACAAAGGGGGACCAGUCUGGUGCCGUCAGGGGUCACUGGGACCUGAGGCUGGGUGCCUUUCAGAAACUCAUCCUCAUCAAGAGCUUCAUGGAGGAGAAGGUGGUGUUCGCGGUGACACAGUUUGUCAUUGUCAGUUUGGGGAAGCAGUUUGUGGAGAACCCUCCAGUGGACCUGGCCACCCUCUACAAUGACAUGUCCCCCUCAACCCCGCUGGUCUUCAUCCUCAGCACCGGGUCCGACCCCAUGGGUGCCUUCCAGAGGUUCGCCAAGGAGAGAGGCUACCUGAGCAGGGUGGAGUCCAUAUCCCUGGGACAGGGACAGGGUCCGAUUGCGGAGCAGAUGAUCCGGGACGCGCUGCGAUCGGGCAACUGGAUCUUCCUGCAGAACUGCCAUCUGGCCGUGUCCUGGAUGCUGGCAAUGGAGGAGCUUAUCAAGACCUUCACCGAGCCCGGUACAAUCAUCCAUGAGAACUUCAGGCUUUUCUUAAGCUCAAUGCCAACCAAAGUGUUCCCGGUGACAGUGCUGCAGAACUCUGUCAAGGUGACCAACGAGCCUCCGAAGGGCCUGCGGGCCAAUGUGCGGAGAGCCUUCACCGAGAUCACCAACAGCUUCUUCGAGGAGCACGUCCUGGCGCGGCAGUGGAGAAAGAUGAUCUUCGGAGUCUGCUUCUUCCACGCCAUCAUCCAGGAAAGGAAGAAAUUUGGACCUUUGGGAUGGAACAUCCGCUACGAGUUUAAUGACAGUGACAGGGAGUGCGCCCUGCUGAACCUCAACCUGUAUUGCCAGACGGGAGACAUUCCCUGGGACGCGCUUAUCUACAUCACAGGGGAGAUCACAUACGGGGGCCGGGUGACGGACGCCUGGGACCAGCGUUGCCUCCGCACAAUCCUCAAAGGCUUCUUUUCCCCGCCCACACUGGAGGAGGGCUACGCCUACUCGACAUCAGGGAUAUAUUUCGCUCCCGAGGCAGACCGUUUGCAAGAUUACAAAGAAUACAUUGAGAACCUGCCUUUGAUUGAUGACCCAGAGAUCUUUGGAAUGCAUGAAAAUGCCAAUCUGGCUUUCCAGCGGCAGGAGACCAUGACUGUCAUCAGCACCAUCCUGGAGGUGCAGCCUCGGUCAUCUGCGCAAGGAGGCGGGAAGAGCAAUGACGAGAUCGUGCACGAGCUCGCCGACUCCAUACUGGGAAAGCUCCCCGAGAAGCUGGACAUGGAUGGAGCAGCGGCGAGUCUGUUCACGAAAGACGCAAACGGCCGCGUGAACUCUCUCACCACGGUGCUGGGGCAGGAAGUGGACCGCUUCAACAACCUGCUCAGAGUGCUGAGGACCUCUCUGUCCACGUUGCAGAAGGCUAUUGCAGGGCUGGUGGUGAUGUCCGAAGAGAUGGAGCGCAUCUACAACAGCUUCCUCAACAACCAGGUGCCCAGCCACUGGGCCAACGCGGCGUACCCCUCGCUGAAGCCCCUGGGCAGCUGGGUCAAAGACCUGGCCCUCAGGACCAGCUUCAUCCAAAACUGGAUCAUGCAGGGCCAGCCCAAGUCCUUUUGGAUUUCUGGCUUUUUCUUCCCUCAAGGCUUUCUCACCGGCACUUUGCAGAACCAUGCCAGGUCGUACAAUCUCCCCAUCGAUGAGCUCAACUUCCGCUUCAACAUGGUCCCUGCAUACCGUGACCAGGGCGCAGUCAGCGAGGCGCUGAAGACCCUGCCGUCUGGCAGCGAGCUGGAGAUGGACGCAGAGUUGCCCACUCCUGAGGACGGAGUGCUGGUCCAUGGUAUGUACAUGGAUGCCAGUCGCUGGGACGACGAGAACAUGGUGAUUGAGGACGCGUUGCCGAGGGUGAUGAACCCCAUGUUGCCGGUGGUCCACUUCGAGCCUCAGCAGAACUACGUUCCUGACGAGUCCCUCUACCAUGCCCCGCUGUACAAGACCUCUGAGAGGGCAGGGACCCUGUCCACCACUGGGCACUCGACCAACUUUGUUGUGACGGUGAUGCUCCCCUCCAACCGACCCAGUGACUACUGGAUCUCCAAAGCCUCAGCCUUGCUGUGUCAACUCAGCGAGUGACUACAGGUCCCAGAACAGUGCUCUCACCACACAGGCUGUGACCAAAGGCGCGGCCAUCACUCCUGCUACUGGUCUGAGAUUAUUGCACUUUUAUUCUAUUAUUUAACCAUAUCUCCCGGAAUUGAAUGUGCCUGAAUUAAACCUGAAUAAAUUUAUCUCAUAAUUUUCUUGUGCUUUUGAUUGUAU